AUUGUGCCAGACAGUCUCAGUAAAACAACGUCGCGUCAAGUUCUCGAUAGAUCUGUUUAUAUAUAUAUAUAUACAUAAUAUCUAUUCAGUAUAUAGACGCACCUAUGCAACAUGCUUAUAGCCAUAUGCAAAGCGUUUAGUGUGGUAGCCAGUUCGAGUUUGUGAUUGUCAUAAAAAUAGUGACGACCUCAUGUCCCAUUGAUUUGUGCAAAAGUUCGAUAAAUCAUCUUGAAGAUCAGACUCCGUUUCAUGAUCUCAUAAAAAAACAAACGCAUCAUCAACACAAGCGCUGAGCACGUCUCAAGAGAGCCCCGCUAAGAGAAACAGAGCGACUCGAAAACGGGAGAAGGGGCAAAUAAAAAUAAGAAAACAAGUUUUUCUUUUCUUUUUUUUUUUGGGGUUGCACUGCGCAAGUGGCUCAAUAGGAAUUUGAAGUAUUUUCGCCGGAUAGGGUAUAGCUGAAAUUCCAAAUUUGUACAGAUACAGAUACAGAUACAGAAUGGCCUCGACAUCGGGUUAUAAGGUGUUUGCCUAUGCCCUGCACAUACUUUGUACGCUGCUGGCUCUGGUGCUAAUAUCCUUUGGCAUCUACAUACUGGUGUCCUACGAUACCAAUCAGAUUGGCUCCCUGGCAGCCUAUUCGUACAUUGGCAUUGGCGUUGCGGCCAUUAUCAUCUUCCUGUGGGGCUAUCUGGCCGCUUGGCGGGAGAAUGUUUGCUGCACUGUGACCUUUAUCACGAUUUUGUACGUUAUCAUAAUUAUACAAUUGGCCCUACUCUUUUUGCUUACGAGAAGUGAAAGCACAGCGGCAUCCAAUUUGGCCAACUCAUUGGAAACGACCUGGGAGGAGGAGCUCAACAGUCCUGGUGCCAUGUCCUUGUACGAGAACUGGUUCCAUUGUUGCGGUCGCGGUAGUCCUCAGGAUUACAUUGUGAAUGAACGCCUGCCGCCGGCUACCUGUUUCCGGGAUCACGACAGAAGCAAGGCCGACAAUUUGAUACACACGGGCUGCCGUGUGGAGUUUGAAAACUAUUGGCAACACCUGUUGAGUAUAUUCAAUAUUAUCGGCUGGGUGCUGGUCGCCGUUGAGCUGAUCCUUAGCAUUGUGUCCUGCGGCCUGUGCAACAGUAUUCGCAACGAUCAUCGUCGCUCAUUCUACUGAAAGGUGUUGUCCGCUGAUGGAACUUGCAUUUGUUGAAAUUGAAUGGCUUCAAAUAAUAUUAUUAUAUGGCGUUUAAAUUAUUAUACUAUUAUGUAAAGCUGAAGAGCUUGUGGUCUUCUUUAUGUACCUCACAAAUGAAUGCUUUAAACACAAAACUUUUUACAACAAAUUGUUAUUAACUUCUGAAGCAUUUACACUUGCGAAUUUUCUAAGAAAAUGCUACAGUAGAUAUUGCUUUUGAUGUACAUACACACAAACAUACUCGAUAUUGUAACCAAAUGAAUGGCCUAUUAUGCUUUUAAUGGUGUUUAAUAGCACAGAAACCGAAAACGAUUUUGUAUGAACAUAUAUAUAAGAAUGUGAAUUAAUUUAUUUCAAUAUUAAUUUGUAAUAAACAAUA